AUGCUAGCCCGUUCACUUCUCAUUGCCCUCGCGGCUGGACUCGCUUUCGAGGGUCUUGCUGGUCCUGUUGCUCGCGAUGCUUCUCUCUCGAAGCGCGUUGUUCCAGCUACGCAUAACCUCCACGAGCGUCAUGCCUCCCACUGGGGUCGAAAGUGGACCAAAAGAGACCGCGUAGAUGCCGAAGUGGUCCUUCCCAUGCGUAUUGGUUUGAAGCAAUACAAUAUCGACGCGGGCCAUGACAAGCUCAUGGACAUCUCCAACCCCAAGUCUGCCAACUACGGCAAGCACAUGACGCCAGAGGAAGUCAUCGACUUCUUCGCGCCCGACCCAUCCAGCGUUGAUACCGUGCUGGAUUGGUUAGUGGCAUCAGGGAUCUCCAAAGACAGGAUUGGCCUGUCGGUCAACAAGCAGGUAAAGACAACUCCCCAUUCUGAGAUCGCUAAGGAUGACUUCAUCCCUGACCAAGAUAACUCACAGUGGAUCCAAUUCGAUGCCAUGACUGGAGAGGUGGAAGAGCUCCUGUUCGCAGACUACCACGUUUGGGAAGACGUUGAUGGCAAUAUCGACAUCUCCGCCGAGGCCUACCAUCUCCCAGCCCUUGUCCAAGACCACGUGGACUACGUGACCCCAGGUACCAGACUUCGGUCGAGGAAUGAGGCCAAGAGAACGAAGAUGGUUAAGCGCGACUUUGGUUCAUUGAACGACGUGAAGCCCUUCAUCACCGAGCUUGCAGCAUUCCCUAACCCCAACUCUACUACUUGCUCCACCUACGUCACCGCCGACUGCACGAGAGUGCAAUAUAACCUGCCAAAUGGAACCACCUCAACCCCUGGCAACGAGCUCGGUAUAUUCGAGAGUCUCGACGACCACUACAGCAAGCAUGAUCUGGACGUUUUCUUCAGCACACUGUACCCCUACAUGAACAUUCCCAACGGCACGUACCCCGAGGAACGAUUAAUUGAUGGCGCCAUUGGUUCCGUCGAGGAGCCUUCUCCGGUCUACCCCCUCGAGACUGGUCUCGAGUCCAUGCUAGAUUUUGACUCGGCCUGGCCUUUGAUCUACCCCCAGAAGACCGUCUUGUACCAGGUGGACGAUGAGUACUACGAGUACACUGGGAACUUCAGCGGGUUCUGGAACACGUUCCUUGACGCCCUCGAUGGAUCCUACUGCACAUACUCAGCCUACGGUGAGACCGGCGACUGCGUUGAGGCCGAAUGCGCCGACCCUGUGUACCCGGACCUCAACCCGGGCGGAUACACAGGUGCGCUGCAAUGCGGCGUCUACGAGCCGACCAACGUCAUCUCAAUCUCGUACGGUGCUGACGAGGCCUAUUAUCCCGACUUCUACAUGAAGCGCCAGUGCAACGAAUGGAUGAAGCUGGUCCUCCAGGGAACCACCGUCGUUAUGUCGUCAGGCGACAGCGGUGUGGGCGAAUCGGGAUACUGUCCAACCGAUGAGCUGGGCGACGAAGUCUUCAGCCCCGACUUUGCUAGCUCAUGCCCUUAUAUACUGUCCGUCGGCAGCACGGAAUGGGACCGGUAUAGCAACGCUACCACACCCCAGCCGUGGGAGAAGCUCAACGAGGUCGCCACCGCACGGUUCCCUAGUGGCGGCGGGUUCAGCAACGUGUUUGCGCAGCCGGAGUAUCAAAAAGACGCCGUGAACAGCUACCUUGAUACUGUCGGUUCGACGUUACCCUUCACAAGCUACGACCAGUUCGUCCCGAAUGGUGAAUUCUCCAACAUAACUGAUGGGAAGUACAACGGACUCGGACGGGCAUACCCCGAUGUCGGUGCAGUCGGGGAUCGCCAGGUCGUGUACGCCAAUGGCUCCUGGUACUUGGUUGGCGGCACCUCGCUGUCUUCGCCUGUCUGGGGUGCCGUGUUGACGCUCCUUAACGAGGAGCGACUCACGGCGGGGAAGAGUACAGUCGGAUAUAUCCACCCGGUCCUGUACUCGCACCCGGAGGUGUUUAACGACGUUACCUCGGGCAGCAAUCCUGGAUGUAGUACUACUGGCUUUCCAGCUGCUGCGGGCUGGGACCCUGUUACAGGUCUCGGGUCCCCCAACUUUCCAAAGCUUCUUGAGGUCUUGAUGAGCAUAUAG